CUUCUCAAAACCUCAGUCAUCAAAAAAUGGAGGGGCGAAACCCAAAAAUUUUGGUCGUCGGCGGCAGCGGCUACGUGGGCCGCACCUUCUUCGCCCCUUUCAAUUCAACGCCCUCAUUCACUUCCUGCCUACUACUCGUCAUUCAAUCUCACCGCCGUCAUCCACUUUCAGACUCAGUCGUCCGCCGUCGCCCCCGCUCUCCCUUCGCCGUCGAUCUCAGCUCCGGCGAGGGUUUCGACGCCGUCUCCGCCGCUUUCGGCCAGCCGGAUGUGAUUGUAAACUGUGCUGCGAUCUCGGUUCCUCGAGAGUGCGAGGUCAAUCCGGAGGCUGCUAUGGCUAUUAACCUGCCGACUUCGCUUGUGAAUUGGUUGUUGAGCUUUGGCAAUGAGAGAUCGUUGUUGAUUCAUCUCUCAACUGAUCAAGUUUAUGAAGGCACAAAAUCAUUCUACAAAGAGGAGGAUGAGACGAAUCCUGUUAAUACUUACGGAAAAUCUAAAGUAGCAGCAGAGCAGUUUAUAUCUGAGAAAUACUCAAACUUCGCUCUCUUGAGGAGUAGUAUUAUAUAUGGUCCACAAACCAUCUCACCUGUUGCCAAGUCCCUCCCAGUCCAGUGGAUUGACAGUGUCCUUGCAAGGGGUGAUGAAGUUGAAUUUUAUCAUGAUGAAUAUCGCUGCCCAGUAUAUGUCAAGGACGUGGUGGACGUCAUAUUGGCAUUGAUAAAGAAAGGGAUAUCAGAUGACAAUCAAAUGAAAUUACUUCUAAAUGUGGGUGGACCGGAUAGAUUAUCACGGGCACAGAUUGCUGAGACAGUUGCAGAUGUUAGAGGUUACAGCCGCUUACCCAUCAAAGCCGUUUCUGCAUCAUCGGUUAAUCGAGGAGUCGUCUCCCCAGCUGACAUAUCUAUGGACAUAAGUAGAUUGAUUCAAGUGCUCGGUAUUACUCCAAUUUCAUUUAAAGAUGGUGUUAGAUCAACGCUCAAAGAAGGCAGUUCUUAAUUUAAAUCUAGAAUGAACCUCAUUGUGAUAUUUCAAGAUAUGGUCAGAGUCUGCAACAUUACAGGACUUGUACCAAUUUUAUGUUUUGCUUAUGGGAUUACGGCAUGUAUACGACAUCAUGUGAUUCAUUGCCCUCAUUCUUGUGGCGUAUGAUAUGUAUGAGUAUUUUUAUGCUGAAUUUGAGUUGUCUUUCUAGUUGGUACUA